AAGGGAUCUGACGUCAGCGGCAGAGGUGGUUUCCAACUUUGAGCUGUCAGACCGUGUGUCAGGUAGCUGGGGCCCAUUCAACCGCGGCUUGGGAGGCCGACGGACCCACCGACCCACCGCCGGACAGACCCCCGCCCCCCGAGCCCGGAUUGGACGUGGGGAGGGUGGGGGGAAAGGGAGGGCAACGUGGACAUGAAAGCGGCCCGGAAAAGCUUGUGUCAGGAGAGGACCCCGGAGGCGCCCGCCAUGUCGGACAGUGACCUGGGGGAGGAGGAAGGCCUCUCUUCGCUGGACUUCUCCCAGGCCAGCAAGAGGAAGAGGAGAGGGAACCUGCCCAAGGAGUCGGUGAAGAUCCUUCGAGACUGGCUCUACGAGCACCGCUUCAACGCCUACCCCUCGGAGCAGGAGAAGCUGAGCCUCUCGGGGCAGACCAGCUUGUCCGUGCUGCAGAUCUGCAACUGGUUCAUCAACGCCCGGCGCCGGCUCCUCCCGGACAUGCUGAGGAAAGACGGCAAAGACCCGAACCAGUUCACCAUCUCCCGCCGGGGCGGCAAGGCGUCGGACGUGCCCCCGGCCCGGGGGGCCAGCCCCGGCCUGCUGGUGGUGCCGCCGCCCCUCGGCCUCCCCUCCAAGGGGCCGCCGGGGGCCGUGUGCCCGCCGGGGCUCUGCGCCUCCCCCCGCCCGCUGGCGCCCGGCCUCCCCGGGCCCACGGCCGACCGGGAGAAGCCCCCGGAGACCCCCAGGCUCCCCGGCGGCCCGGCCGGCACGCUCGCCCUGCUGGCCAGGGCCGAGGCGGGCAGCCCCACCAGCGGACUCUUCAACACGCCCCCUCCCACGCCCCCGGAGCUCUGCGGCGAGGACUUCAGCGGUUUCCAGCUGCUGGUCGAAGUGGCCCUGCAGAAAGCGGCCGAGCUGGAGUCCCAGAAGCAGAAGGCCCCGCCGGCCCCCGCGGCUUUGCACACGGACAGCCCCCUGCAGGCCUCGGGCCCCCAGUAGGUGUCGGGCCGGGGCCGUGGGCCGGCGGGCUCCCGCGGGGCGACGUUGGUUCCUCUGACGCGUGGCCGCCGUUCUUCCUUUUUUGGGGUUUCCAGGCGGGCCCCCCACCAGCCUCUCGGGUCUCCCCCUCCGCCGGGGCGAUUUGGCCGAGAGGGGUCCGGGAAGGCUCCCCGGGGAUUUUGCCGCGCCCCGGGCACCUCUUCCUCCUGGACCGGCCCCGGAGGGGGUCAGGGUAGACCGGGAAAGCCGAGGCUCCGUCCGAGAGCCCGGUUCAUCUCCCCCGGCGGAGCAGGCCUCGGGGCCCGGGACCCAGGCUUCGCGCUCGUGUCCCUUCCUGGUUCUGGGCCGGGGAGGGCCUCUCCCCCUUAGCUUUCUAGUCCCCUGCCCUCAGAUCCAACGUCCUCCAUCUUCCCGUUUACAGGCGUUUCCCGAGCUGAUCCUAGAGACUCCCCUCGGUUUAGAGGUGCAGGGUAGGGGGGAUCGCUCGCACCUAUCCGCCCCCUCCCCCAGAUAGCGUCCCGAUUCGCCCUGCUCACCUGUCUCCUUUAGCUGACGGUUGUCCCGCUGUCCCCUGGGAUCCGACUGGCGACCAAAACGGAUCCAAACCAAGGCGGGGAGGAGGCGGGGGCUGAGCGGGUCGGGGCCGACCCUGGCUUUGCCUCUAGUUAUUUUGGCCUCGUUUGGUCCGGGCGGUCAGGCCUCUGGGGGAUUUCUCUGCCACCGGGGAGAUCUGGGGCUGGAAGACACAAUUCUUAGGCGUUUCAUCAAAAAAAGUCAAUUCCCCGAACCUCCUCUCUGGGUCUUCCCUUUAUCCCCGCAGCCCGGGCUGAGGGAGAGGACCCGGAGGAGCCUUGACUCAAAACUGGCACUGGGGCUGGGAUGAAGAGAGUCAGGCUGGCAGUUGGGAGGGGGUGACCCAUCCUUCUAGGGAUGAUGACGCCGUCUCAGGGUUGCAGGACUAUCGAUUUUUAGGGUGGUUUUUUCUUUUUUAAACGUUGAAAAUCCCUACCUGUGUGGCAUUGCAUUCUGAGUGGGAAAUUAUCCAGGAAGCCAGGACUGGAGUUUAGCAACACGCAGACCAAAACUUACCUGGGAGAGGUGGGUGGGGUGGG